AUGCCGACUCUGGGCGGCCCCGUUUGCACCUCCGGUCGUACUCGUAUGACGAAGAAGAAAACCAGGGCUUUCAGCACAAUAACCCGGAGCAGGAUCAACCCCUCCUCGUAUCGAGAAAGCCCUCGUUUCAGGCGAGCGGCGCGCGUGCAGGUGCCGCGGGGGGCGGAGGCGUCGCGGCAGUGCUGCUGUCGCCGGUGUUUUUCAUCAUGGUCGCUGCAGUUUGCGGAGCGGGCUUCCUCACGUGGAUUAGUACAACAUAUUUUCUGUGUACUUAUAAGCGUUUUUUAUGGUGUCUCGAUUGCAUUGUGUAGCCUGACUUUUUCAGGAUGUUGAUGAUGUCGCACUUGUAUUCGUUUUUGCCUUGGAGGUCGUUUGAUGAACACCUCGCCGACGGCGAGGACGUUGUUGGAGCGAUACAUUUAUGACUAUGUAUUCGUUUGCAUGAUGAAAACGUAACAACAGUUGCUGCCGGAGCGAAGGGGGUGUUCAACCCGGGACAGAAUAAGGGCAGCAGCGGGUUUCUGGCCACGCAGGAGCCUUCUGUUGUCGAGCUCCAGCAGCAGAUGA